AUGUACAACUAUGCUGAAAAACUGGUAGCUCAAACCUAUCAUGGAGCCUCUGUGAUCACAUCAGAGCUGACUGGGAUCGAGGCGAAGAUAAAAGAGAGAGUACCUGAAAUCACAUACACCCAUUGUUAUGCCCACAAGUUUAACUUGGUGCUCUCUCAGUCCGCAAAAUUCAUUCAACGUUUUUUUCAAGACAGUUUUUCAACAAAUCUACCAAACGCACCCAUCUACUAGAUGAGGUGGUGAAACGAUGCAUCCUGAGGGCCACGCUAGCCAGAUGGAACUCAGCCUCCAGGCUGGUACAGACCAUCAACCUUUACCAAUCUAAUCUAUGUGCGCUGUUCUGGAUUAUGAGGAAAAUCCAGAUGACUGGGAUGGUGAGACCCUGGCCAUGACAUCCGGAUUAAAUCUUUGGCUGUCAAAGGCAUCCACCUGCUUUUUGUUCAUGGCCUAUUAUGGAAUUUUUUAUGAAACUGACGCUCUCUUCCGUGUUCUGCAGAACAAAGUGAUUGAUAUGCGUUUCUGCCAUAUCCAUAUCAGCAACACAAUGAAAGCUCUUUGAUCGUUUUUAUGAGCAAAGUGAGCAGAAACGCAAUGAACUGGGCCUGGCAGAAAGUGAAACUCUGAAUAAACAGCCGAUCAGAGUAGAAAGGGAGCGAAUCUACUACAACCUACUGGACAAUAUCAAUGUCCAGAUGAGAGACAGGUUUGACCACUUUGGUGAACUUCAUUUCCUUGGCUAA